AUGCAGAAACUGGCCAACCAAAUCCCAGAAAAAUAUCUACAUAAUCUGGACCCGGAAUGGAAAGAAAUAUGGAAUAAGCAUGGGCAAGAUGUGGUGGGAGCUCAUCUGGUAACCAUUGAAGAGUUCCGCAAGUGUCCAGCGAAAUAUAGCUUUACAUACCCUACCUGGGAUGGGCCCGAUGUACAUGAUGUACAAGAUCACAUAGUCCCUGUCCAGGAUCCAGAAGGCACCAUCACCUGUCGGGCGUAUACGCCCUCUGGCCCAGGUCCAUUCCCAGUGCAUCUGAAUUUCCACGGCGGUGGAUGGGUUCUCGGCGGCCUAAAAUCAGAGGCUGCAUGGUGUCGAUCAAUAUGCAAUGAAUCGGGCAUCGUUGUGAUUGAUGUCGACUACCGUCUUGCCCCUGAAUUCCCAUUUCCUGUGGCCAUCUAUGACUGCUGGGCCGCGCUUCAAUGGACAAUUGCCAACGCGGCAACGCUCAACAUCGACCCAACGUCUAUUUCGAUUGGCGGUCUCUCCUCAGGCGGAUUGAACACCGCUGUCUUGGCUCAUUUUGCCAGAGAUGCUAGUCCUAGGAUAGAUCUGAAACUGCAAUUGAUGGUUGUGCCGGCGACGGAUAUGCGAUACAUCCCCAUAUCGCCCGAUGAGCCUGUUAGGUUGACCCCUGAGACUUGUCCGUACCCCAGCGCAAUCUUUUGCUCCGAUCUCCCAUGGUCGCCUCUGGAGCGCGAGUCCUGGUUUCUGAAAUAUUAUAUUGGAGACGAUCCCCAGACUCGCUCCAAGAUUCUGGAUGACUGGCGCAUGACGCCCGUGCUAUCGCCUUGCCUCCGUGAUUUGGCACCUGCGCACAUCGUGACUGCUGAAUAUGAUAUUGAGCGCGACGAAGCGGAACACUAUGGAAAAAUGCUGCAGGCUGCAGGCAAUCAAGUUACCAUGAAACGGUACCCGGGGGUUCCUCACGCCUUUGCACACUACAAUCAUCCAACAAGGGGACUGCGCAAAAGCCAUGAAUUUAUCAGAGACACGGCUCGGCUGCUCUCGCAUGUCCAUGCAAAGGCAACAAAGCCACUUUCGGCGGCAAUUUAG